AUGGACACUUCUUCUUCCUCGGACUCCUUUUCCAACCUCGCACCCAACAUCUCCAACCUAUCUGACCCUAAUUUCAACAUCGAUCUAUUCUUCAACCAUGCCCUCUCUUCGUCUACUACUUCCAACCCUACUCCCGUCGUCGCUCCUCCUGCAAACCCAACCAACGACGCCGCCUCUAAUGCUGUAGUCACCCCGCCGGCCGCGCCUGCGGUCGCUGAAAACACUGUCGGACCCAUUGCGCUCCCCACCACUGUCACUGAUGGGUUAUCCUUCCCGUCGCUGCCUACCAUCCCUCAUCCCGGUGUCCGUCGCAUUGCCAAAAAUCGAUUCGUUUUCUUUGAACCGACGGUCGGCUUUACCGAGUUCGACGCCCAACAAGCUAUUACCACCAAAUUACUCUCAAUUUUUUGCGCCUACGACCGCAAGCUCCGUGCUCAAACCGAUCCCACUGUUGCAUUAUCAUAUAUUCCUUACGGAUACCCUACAAUAUCCCAGUUAUUCAAUCUAUACGCCGUAGGACCCGAGCGAUUCGCGUUUUGGAACGAUACUACCCGCCGCUACGUUACAGAUGGUGUCCCCAUCACCCUAGAACUCUUCACCUUGCCCGUCCCUCGUGUUGCACAGUCCAUUCAUCCCAAACCGACUCCAACCUCUCGUAACUCGCGCGCUCUGCCCGAUGUUGAUCCCACGUUACUCAACACCUCUCAUGGUGCCGGACGCCUCUUUAACGAUAUGCUAUUGCUCUCCGCGUCUGCCGAAACCGCGCGCCGUAAGCGAAACGACCAAUAUUUUCACCAACGCAACUUCAAGCGCCGUCAAGAUCCCACGGGCGCUAAGCCUCGCUAUUCUCGCAACAACCGCAAUACUCCUUCCAACAAUUCCUCUGCUUCCCAGGCCGGACCUUCGAACCCCACCCUUCCUUAA